CCCCCUUUCUUUUGCCUUCCAGGGGCAAAUAUCGGAGUGGAUUCUUUAAUGGAGCUGGAGAAUAUCGUAGCAAACACGGUACUCCUAAAAGCAAGAGAGGGCGGAGGAGGAAAGCGGAAGGGAAGGAGUAAGAAAUGGAGGGAGAUCCUGCGCUUCCCCCACAUCAGCCAGUGCAUGGAGCUGAGCAGGAGCAUCGAGAGGGAUUAUUACAGCCUGUGUGAGAAGCAGCCCAUAGGACGACUGCUGUUCCGCCUCUACUGUGAGACCAGACCAGAGCUGCUGAGAUGCAUUCAUCUGCUGGACGCCAUGGAAGACUACGAGGUGACGCCGGACGAGAAGAGGAAGAGUCGAGGAGAUCAGAUCAUCAAAAAAUUCCUCACCAAACAGUCUCUGGAGUGUGUGGACGUGGUUGAGGGUCUUGCCGAGCGCUGCAGAGAAAAUCUUGAGCUGAGCCCCUGCAAGGAGAUAUUCAGCGACUGUCGCAAAGCUCUUCAUGACUACUUAAGCGGGGCGCCCUUCUCCGACUACCAGAACAGCAUGUACUUCGACCGCUUCCUGCAGUGGAAGAUGCUGGAAAGGCAGCCGGUUACUAAAGACACGUUUCGGCAGUACCGGGUUCUGGGCAAAGGAGGUUUCGGAGAGGUGUGUGCGUGUCAGGUGCGGGCCACAGGUAAGAUGUACGCGUGUAAGAAGCUGGAGAAGAAGAGGAUAAAGAAGAGGAAGGGCGAGUCCAUGGCUCUGAACGAGAAGCAGAUUCUGGAGAAAGUGAACAGCAGAUUCGUAGUCAGCUUAGCGUACGCGUAUGAAACCAAAGACGCUCUGUGUCUGGUGCUGACCAUCAUGAACGGCGGAGACCUGAAGUUCCACAUCUACAACAUGGGCACGCCGGGCUUCGAGAAGGAGCGCGUCCAGUUCUACGCUGCUGAAAUCUGCUGCGGCCUCGAGCACCUGCACCGAGAGUCCAUCGUCUACAGGGAUUUAAAACCAGAGAACAUUCUCUUAGAUGAUAACGGCCAUAUCCGGAUUUCAGACCUGGGGCUGGCCAUCAAAGUGCCUGAGGGAGAGCAGAUCCGCGGCCGAGUCGGCACUGUGGGUUAUAUGGCUCCAGAGGUGAUCAAUAACGAGCGCUACAGUAUGAGUCCUGACUGGUGGGGUUUGGGCUGCCUGAUCUACGAGAUGACCGCCGGCCGCUCGCCCUUCCGCGCCCGCAAGGAGCGAGUGAAGAGGGAGGAGGUGGAGAAGCGAGUGCAGGAGGAGGAGGAAGAGUACAGCGACAAGUUUACAGAAGACACCAAAGCCAUCUGCAGGAUGCUCUUAGCCAAAGACCCCAAGCAGAGGCUAGGCUGCCAGGCUGAAGGAGCUGCAGAGGUCAAAGCUCAUCCCUUCUUCAAAAACAUCAACUUCAAGAGACUCGAGGCCGGCAUUCUGGAACCUUCCUUCGUGCCUGACCCCAGGGCGGUCUACUGUAAAGACGUUCUGGACAUUGAGCAGUUCUCCACUGUUAAAGGUGUAAACCUGGACCAAACAGACAACGAUUUCUACUCCAAGUUUGCCACUGGCAGCGUCUCCAUCCCAUGGCAGAAUGAGAUGAUAGAGACAGAAUGCUUUAGUGACCUUAACGUGUUUGGGCCUCAGGGGUCGCGUCCCCCUGACCUGGACUGGACGCAGCCGCCAGAGCCGCCGCGGCGCAGCCUGCUGGACAGGAUCUUUAGGAGACAUGUGAGGAUCUCCUCCUCCUCCACAGAGGAACAGGCCAGAGAACACAAUAGUUAACUACAGACCAGCAUCCAGAGGCGACCAUCGCUCACAGCCGAGUCUCGUCUUCCAGCGUCAACUCCGUUGACUCCGUGUCAAACUCUGCCCCCUAGUGGACAGACGCCUGCGGGACUACAGGGAACAAGAUAGAACGAGUGAUAUAAAGAGAGAGAGAGAGAGAAAAAAAAUAAACAGAGAGAAACUCCUCCUGUCCUGCACAGUCUUUAGAGCACGGAAGAGGAUUUGUUUUUAUUUCCUCGUCUAGGCCGCUAACACUAACCUUUCGCGGCCCGCUGGAGGGCAGGAGACGAAACGACUCUGCUUUUGAGACGAAAAGAGACUUUCUUUUUUUUUUGUUGUUGUUUUUUUUUGUUUUGUUUUGUUUUUUAACUAAAGUCGAACUUUUACCCCUCACCUCAUGCUCCCUCAGGAUUGCUGGACCAGAAUAAAAAAGAGCCACUGACAAUGACGGAAUAUUAAACUCUUAUUAUUCAGGGGAUUUUACUGACAAAAGAGAGGCCUCCACAGGGAAUGGGAAGGGGGCUUUUUUUUCCCACCCUUCCGUUUUGGGAGGGAAAAGUGAACUGAAGAGACUUUACACACACUCACUAACACAGGCACUCACUCUCCCCCUCCUCCUCUUCCUCCUCCUCCUCCUCCUCCUCCUCCAUCCCUCUCUUUAAUCCCUUACCUUCUCUCCCGCCACAGUUCAGCUCAACAACACAAUACACCUCCAACCUCAAACCCAAAAUGUGCAUUGCCUUGCAUACACUCAGGCCAAAGAUAGAACGUGUAUUUGAGUAUCUGGUUGCCAUAUUUUGUUCUGGAGAGCGAGGUAAGGCCUAAAAAAAAAGGAGAAAAAAGAAAAAACAAGCACAAAAAGAUGAGCAGAACCUGGGCUAGUCGCUGUCUUUCAGUCAUCCACACGCAUGGAUUUCUGUCCAUGAAGGGAUACUUGAAUCAGGAAAGCUAUAGUGGCUAACAGAGCUUGUGUAACGAGUGAAAGCUGAAUACAGAAAAGCUAAGGUGGCUAACAGCUAUAAAAAAGUGAAAGCUGAAUACUUGAUACAUAAAAACUAAAGUGGCUAAAGAUAAAGAAAGAUGAAUACAGAAAAGCUAAAGUGGCUAAAAUUGCUAAUGAGCAAAGAAUUUGCUGAAAGUACCUGUUCUAGAAAUGCUACGAUGGCUAACGGCGCUUAUGUUCCAAGCAGUAAGUGGAAGCUAAAUACAAAAGGCUGAGGUGGUUAACAGCGCUAAUUUUCUAAUGAGCGAAGAAUUUGCUGAAAGUACCUGUUCUAAAAAUGCUAUGAUGGCUAACGGCGCUAAUUUUCCUAGUAAUGGGUGUAAUCUGUAUACAGACAAGCUAAGGAGGCUAACAGCUAUAAAAAGUAAACGCUGAAUACUUGAUUCAUAAAAACUAAAGUGGCUAAAGAUAAAGAAAGAUGAAUACAGAAAAGCUAAGGUGGCUAAAAGCGCUAAUGAGCGAAGAAUUUGCUGAAAGUACCUGUUCUAGAAAUGCUACGAUGGCUAACGGCGCUUAUGUUCCUAGCAGUAAUUGAAAGCUAAAUACAAAAAGGCUGAGGUGGUUAACAGCGCUAAUUUUCCUAGUAAUGAGUGAAAUCUGUAUACAGAAAAGCUAAGGAGGCUAACGGCGCCGUGAGGGGAAAAAUAUCUGAGUGCAGAGCAGCUAACGGCGCUAAUGUUCCUAGCAGUGAGUGAAAGCUGAAUACAAAGCAGCUAAAGUGGCUAACAGCUCUAGUGUUGAGUCAAAGCUGGAUGCUUAAUCCAGAAAAGCUAAGGUGGCUAACAGUGCUAUAAUAUUCCUAGCAAUGAAUGAAAGCUGGAUAUUUUAGUCCAGGGAGGUUAAAAUGACUAAUGUUGCUAGCAAUCAGUGAAAGCUAAAAGCGGCUAGUUAGCCAGAACUUGUUUGAGUAGUGCUAACCGCCCUCUGCUGGCUUUGCUGGCAACAUUAGCAGCUUUUUUGGUGGUGUUUCUUAAAGCCACAUAGUUUUUGGCAGCUCUGGUUUCGUCCCAUCUGUAGAAAAUAGGGGCGACAUUAACACAGUUAAAGGACGUGCAGGAGUUCAGAAUUUGGGACGUAGGCUAAGUUUCCAUAGACCACUGUAGUCGUGCGUCAUUCUGUAGUCCUCGUUAUGCCCAUGUUAGGAACUCCGGGUCUGAGCUCCAUUUCUCUAUGGCCAGAAUGAAUAGAGUUUUCGAAAAAUCGCCUCUAUCGCCCCCUGUGUUAAAUAAAAAUGUUCAGACCCCAAAACGUUUUGUCCUGUGAAUAUUCUCUCAAAUACUACUGGAUCCCAUAUAUAGCCCAUAUUUACAGGUAUACCUGUAAAUAAAACACCUAGGUGGGAUAUUUUGAUAGCCUAAAACUCCUUAUCAAAAAUACUACUAGCAUUAAAACGGGGCUGAAGGCCUGAAUGAGGCUGAAUUCAGCUUCUUUUUUCGCAGCUUCUUCUUUAAAUGUUCCCGUUCCACCUUAAAUGGUGCAGCAGCUGUGACUAGCUGUCACAAACAUUAGCAAAUGAGUCAAAAUACUGACCUGUUGGUUCUGUGAAACGGCAAAAAUAAGUUAACGUUACUCUGUUAAGCGGAAAUAGAGAAACUUCCUCAUAUCAGGCCUUUCAACCCUCCAUGAAGCUGAAGUCGGCUUCUUUUUCACCGGCUGCUUGUUCGAAUUUCCCCUUUCCACCUUAAAUGGCGCAGCAUUUCAGAACGUGACUGCUGCACCAUUUAAGCGCAGUAGCUUUAGCUCACA